AUGAACCUGCAGACAGGUGACACCGACCACUCUCAGAACAGUAUUUGGGGUUCACGCAGCUCUGUUCAUGACGCCCAUUCCAUUACCAGUGCUGAGUUUGUGGCCAGGCUUGAAUCCUAUGAGAGCUCAGGGAAGAAAAGUAUAUCUGAUGUCAGAAGAACCUUCUGCCUCUUUGCCACCUUUGAUGUCUUGUUUGUCACUCUGCUGUGGAUCAUAGAACUAAAUGCAAAAACUAAUAUUAUUGAGGCCUUGCAGAAAGAAGUUUUACAAUAUGACUACUACUAUUCAUUUUUUGACAUAUUUUUGCUGUCAUUCUUUCGAUUUAUUGUGCUUGUUGCUGCAUAUGCAAUUUGCAAACUACGCCACUGGUGGGCAGUAGCAUUAACAACCGCAACAACUUGUGCCUUCCUGAUAGUAAAAGUAAUUUUAUCUAAGUUAUUUUACCAAGGUGCUUUUGGAUAUGUACUUCCUAUCGUGUCCUUUAUCUUGGCUUGGAUAGAAGUCUGGUUUCUGGAUUUUAAAGUUUUACCCCAAGAAGCAGAAAUGGAAAACCGUAAGUCAUUAUUUGUUGUUGAGAGUGUAGAAUAUAGUUUGUGUACACACAACUAUUGUGCCUUCAAGGACCUAAACUCUGCAUGA